CCUCUCUUGGGUUGCUACGGGAACACCAAACGUCUCAGUAGUGGAGGCCAGUCCAGUCCCGUCCAGCUCCAGCGCACGGUGACGGUGAUCGCGGGAUCUGGACUGGACUGCUCCGCCAAGCCUGGAGCCCUGGAUUGCAGUUCUUUAGCUCAAGAAGGUCUGGACUCUGGAGGACAUUUCUGGGAUUUCCCUACUGGAAGGUACAAUAUAUAUUACUCUUGCCGCAAAUUGUAUAUCUCAAGUAGUAGUGACCACUCGAGUAAAAACAUAUUUUUUGAGGCGUACCGAGUAAAAAUAUUUUGUUAGAAUCGGUGUAGAGGAUAUACUCCCUCCGUUCUGAAUUACUUGUCGCACGUAUGGAUGUAUCUAGAUGUAUUUUAGUUCUAGAUACAUCUAUUUCAGCGACGAGUAAUUUGGAACGGAGGGAGUAGAAGCUGGAAGAUGAAAAAUUCUUGCCAGGGCUGCAAGAGAUACUGGAACCAUCUACAUGGGAAGGUCACUCGUUUCGUCAGGCGGGUGAGCAAAAGUUCAAGACAUUGCAUGGUCAUACCAGAGAGGUUUGCAAACCAUUUCGCAGGGAAAAUGUCACGGACCGUCAAACUAGAAGGCCCUAAUGGUAUUCUGCAUGAUGUUGGAGUUACUGAGCACAGGAAUAGAAAAGUCCUCCAAUCUGGAUGGGAGGUGUUUGUUGAUGCCAAUGACAUAGUAGAGAAAGACUCGUUGAUGUUCCGAUACCGUGGAAGUUCUCGCUUCAAGGUUGUGGUCUUUGAUUCUAGUGGUUGUGAGAAAACGGUGUCCUGUUUUGGCAUAGGGAGCACUAUGAGUGAUCAAGAACCAAUCGCAAAUUCUACAGAAAUGUCAGGUAGUUCCAGCGAUCGUUAUACUCACUCGUCAAUGGGUCAGCAAUCAGAUGGAUGCCAAAGUGAAAGCUCAGGACAUUGUAGAAAACUGGCAUGGACAGACGCAGCAUCGUCUCCAUCUGAGGAUUUGCCAGGAGAAGACAGUCCUUAUGAGCACGAGUCUUCUGGAUCGGAUGAUCACACACUCCCAAAGAUGAUCUUAACAGUGCGUGUUAAGGAGGAACAAUAUUCUGAUGCAAGUGGAAGAUCAGACGGAUGCCAAAAAGGGAGCUCCAGUCAUAGUGGGAGUACUAGAAAGACAGCUGUUAUAUCCACUCCAUCUGCGGAGUCAGGACCUCCAAAAGAUAAGUAUGUGCUGUCAAGUAGGAGUAAUUUGGCUGAUGCACAAAAAGAGAAAAUAGAUAAGCUUCUCCAGGACAUUCAAUCCAGAACUCUUGCAUUCGUGGCUAUCAUGAGGAAGUCCAAUGUCCAACCACCGUAUCCUUCUCUGACCAUCAUGAAGGAAUACGCAGUUGCACACUUUCCCCAUGAAAGUGCAUCUGUCAUACUUCAGAGGCCGGGCGAGAACAAAAGGUGGUACCCCAGGUUCUACGAGGGGAAUGAUGGUAUUCACAAGAUUAGGGGGGAGUGGUUAGACUUUGUUUGUGACAAUAGUGUGGAGGAGGGAGAUAUCUGCAUCUUUGUACCAGCAAAGGGUGGGGGAAGGUUCACAUUUACCGUUCAUCUACUUCGCCCAGAAAGCAAGGCGCACGCAGGUCAUUUUGUGCCGCCCUACAUGCUGUCACAAAUGAGCUUUCUAUCUCCAUUGCAACAGAGCAUAGUUGAAGAUAAAGCGGAAGCCAUCCAACUCGAAGCACAUCUGUAUGUGGCAAUCAUGAACAAAACCAAUGUUGGUGUGAAAGGGCAUUACAUCCUGGAGUUUGGUGCCAAAUAUGCUGCUGUGUAUCUUCCAAAGGAAGAGCGAACUAUUUUGCUCCAGCGUAACGGAAAGGAAUGGCAAACCCAGAUGCAUAUUCGGAAUGGUAGGAGAUGUGUCCUUGAAGGAGGUUGGCGCAAAUUUGUCAUUGACAACCGCCUGCGAGUUGGUGAUAUCUGUCUGUUUGAGCUGAAGCGGAACCGGAGGAAGCUUACCAUGAUUGUCCAUAUAAUUUCCCGUGAUCAGUGUUAGUUUGUAGUACUUUGAAGUACAAGGGGAUGAUGACCCCUGCUGUUUCUACUGGAACUAUGUUUUGUACUCUAAAACCAAACCAUGGUAUGGUUGAUCUCCGAGGACUACUGCAUAUGAUGGCUAACACUCUGAA